ACUCCACCUCUUUGAAAGUGGCGUGGCAGAGCGUAGUGUAGUGGCGUCGGUGAAAAGUCGUCAGCUGUGUAAUUUUUGGACGCUUCGUUUUGAUCAACUUAUCGAGAAAGUGUAUACAUUACGGAUGUAGUAAAUACGCCUAAGAUAAAGAAAAUUUCACGAUGCAGUCGAGUGGUCCACCUAGCACCACGGCUGGUUCUGCAGGACCCACCAACACAACAUCUCAAUCCGUUGGUACAAUUGCUACCAAGCCAGGUAAAGCUGGAAAUGUCAUCAGACCUGGUCAACAAACAUCAUAUCAUGUUCCCAGAGGAGCUGCAGCAGUCGCUAGUAUUGCCAUGCCAAGACCAUCUUCUUUAGCAACUGUACGUGCAGGGCCUACUGGAAGCCUUGUGAGUAUUCGAGGAUCCAGCCGAGUUCCCAGUCCAGCACCCCACCAACCUGGUCAGCAGGGUCCUCGCACUAGACCAGCAAGCUCUCCAGCCCAUUCAGGUACCCGCCCUCUUACCCCCCAGCGUUCAGAUACUCCCCGACCAGCAUUGAAUACUAGCCUGGAAAAAACGUUUGGGAAGAGCACUGUCCCUCUUGCUCAAGUGCAAGCCCGCACCACUCCUCUUGUUGGCCAAGGCAGGAUUGCAGCUCCACCUGCACUAUCUGCUCAGCCUGUGCAAAUCGUCACACAGGCUGUAACACUUGCAACCUGUCCACCCGUUGCUCAACCGGGCACACCUAUUCAGGUUGUGACUCAAGGUGUGACGCCCAUGCAAGUUGUGACUCAGACAGCUCAUGGAACUUCUACGUCUGCUGGUAUACAACCUACAUUGUCCAGUGUGAGCUCAGUUGCCGGGAAGCCGCGACCGAUCUCUCAGGGGACACAGGCUGGAACAGUAACUACCAUCCCAACAAAUACACCAGCGGUAGUCUUAGCAGCUCCUGCUCGACUUGCUUCUCCUGGGUUGAUAGGAGUACAGACUGGUACAGCUCGUCUUGCAGUUGCAACAGCACUACCUGCCUCAGGUGCAAGGAUUGUCAGCCCAUCGGCUCGGGUGCCACAGGGACGAACUGUCACUUAUACAACUCCUGUUCGUUUGGGUGGCCGCGGAGUCGUCUCCCUGCAUCCUGUGCUUGGUGUGGCUCCUCUGAAACCAGCUCCGGCACCAACAUCAGCAGCCUCCAGCCAAGCCCAGGCCGGAGGACAAGCUAGUGGUCAGGUGUCCGUGGUGACUUCACAACCCACCACCUUGCCAUCGCUUCAGCCUGCUCCUGUGCGCACCCUUCCCGGCCAGCAGAAGGUCAUGGCGUCCGCCGUGGUUACCGUGGCGGCGGUCGGGGGAGGCCCCCUACGCUCUGUAGUGGCAUCCGUGCCCCCGGGCGUAACGGCUGCUUCCUCUUUGGCUCCAGUGUCAUCUAUUUCUACAGCCCCGUCGUCAACCUCGACUGCAAAAGCGGUCGCUGCUCGCCCAGUUGCAGUGGCAGGUCAACAAGUUCGUCCUGCUCCUGGACAGCCAAGUGUCUACAUUCAGACAGCACCUCACAGAGCAUCUCCAGGGCCGGCAGGGGAACGCACCGGUACUUUCCCUAUACAACCGGCUGCCUAUUUCUACGAGGCACCUUCAGGGUCCUUCCAGGUGGCAAACGUUCAAGGACGUACUUAUGCAGGUGGCCCUCCAUACAUAGUUCAAGCCACAACUGCCAGGCCUGUCGCAGGUGGUCCUCAACAACUGCAUGCUAUCGCGUCGACCGCGGGCCCAACGGCCUCGGGCGCGGGCACCACCAGCAGCGUCCCGGUGGCUACGAGCGUGGUGACGAGCGUGGUGAGCAGCGCGUCCGGCAGCGCGGUGAGCACCAUCACGGGCAGCGUGGUGAGCACGGUGACCGCGGGCCAGCCCGGCCAGCCGCCGCGCUUCAACUCCAUCAUGGUGCUGGACCCCUCGCGCACCGCCCUGCCCAUCCACGCCGUCGUCCCCGCCGAAGGUGGGGCUACAGGGACGACGUACAUCGCAGCCGAUGGCAGCCUCCUGCCGGUGCAGACCCUCCCCGUCCCGGUGUCGGGCGCGGCCACCCAGGCCGCCUCCAACGCCCCAGCAGCCUCCCAGUCCAGCACGGAGACCCAGCAGUCGCACGCCCCGACUCAGAUUGUCACCCAGGUCGCGUCGGUCGUGUCUCAAGCCGUGACGUCGUCCACCACUGGCCACCUGCCGGUGCAGAUUCAGAUGGUGCCUACCCCAGUCCACAUCCAGAUGCACCCGCAGACGCAGGCUCAGAUGGCUAACCCCAUUCAGCAUUCAGGCGCUCAAACCGUCACCACCUCCCACGUUUCGGUUCAUGCUUCGCAUCCUACUUCCCUCGCCAGCCAUCAGUCAUCUCAUGUGCACCCUCCAUCCUCUACGCCCUCAGUGUCCAUGUCUUUGGCCCUGUCUCAUCAGGUACUGUCUCAUUCCUCUUCAUCUCAUGCAUCAUCUCAACCUCAACCAUUGCCAUUACCCAACUCCUCUCUUCAUCCAUCUUCACAGACUCAUACCCCUCAAGGACCAACUUCAACAACUCCCAGUAAGCUGAACGCCUCUCCUCGGCCCAGUAUCUUAAGGAAGCGUGAUAAUGAAGGUUCACCUAUGAAGGCAGCAAAAAAUUUAACGCCAUUACUUCAGAGCAUGAGUUCAGUCAACCCUAUCCCUGUUGCAAGUCUUCCAAGCUCUGUCCACCCACCAUCCCCACCAUCGCCACCCAAGCGGCCUGACUCUGGUGGACCUCAAUCUAGUGGGUCCACCACCAUAUCUGCUACAUCGUCACCUGGGCAAGAGUCCCCACCUCCUGGUGCCAGUCAGCCUCCGCCUUCAGCUGCAAGCAUCACAGCAGGGCUGCAUGCUGCUGGUUUGCAUGGCACAGAAAUGAGUCCUCGCAAGAAGCCUCGCAAACAACAAUUAACUGGUAAUGAAUUACAAGAACACAAAGCUAGUGACGAAGAAAUGGAAUUCAUGGCUGAAGACAAUGGUGACGAUUUCCCGCUGAAUCCGCAGCCACAAGAACCUCAGCAGCUUCAUCAACAAGUUUUGCAGCAACAGCAGCAAUCUCAGCAACAACAGGCAGCUCUACCACCACCCCCUCCAGCCCCGAGAGAAUUUACUUUGAAACGACCUAAUAUUUCUUUACUUAGCACCUAUAGGUAUUCCUGGAAGUCUAGGAAUAACCACUUUCUACGCCAUAGUGAUGUAAAGCCUAAAGAUGAAAGAAGGCCCUCAGUGAAUGAGUUAGCUUCUCAACGACAUAUUUAUCAACGUCUCAAUGGCUGGAAGGUUCAUCACCUUACUGCUCAGAUGGAAGAUCUGGCUGAUGUGGAGUCUCAAGUUUGCCAACAGUUAGAAGCCAUGCUAGGUGUGAUGGAGAGAAAGGCACAACAAGAUGAAGACAAGGAUGUCAAUAGAGUUAGUGAACUCAUAAAGGGUAAUAUGCAGAGAAGUCGAGUAAUUGCUGAUCAGUUACGUGAAGCAAAAGCCACUGUUAUGAAAAUAUUUGAUCACAAACCCCAUGUAAGUGAUAUUAUUCACCGUAGCUCGGGGAAAAGGGAAAGAAUAUUUAAAAAGAGAGAGAAAUCAUAGUUUUUUUGUAAUUAUAAAGUUUUACCUCUUUAAAAAUUCCUGUAAAUAGUCAUGUUUAUGAAGAACUGUAGUUCAACUUUCUCAACAUAUAAAAAUUAAAAAAUGGAACAAUU